CGCUCGACGUGCCCGCCGGGCUUCCUGGUUGUAGCUGUCAAGCGCUCACUCAGGCUACGGUUUGGAUAGCUACCGAUGCCCCCAGUCGCCGCCCUGCAUCGCCCCGAGCGACUUUUAUCCAGCCACGAAGCACCAAGUCCUGCCCGAUGGCAUUCAGGAGGGCUCUGAAACGGACGGCCCUUGUAGGCGGCGGGGCGGUUGCCACGGCGUUUGGCCUGUCACAGCUGAUCGAGUACAGAAAGACACAGCGUGGAUUGGCUCGGUUGGCCCACGUGGCAGCAGAAGCAGAGCUGAAGGUUCCCUUCGUCGACGAGCUCCCCUCUCGGCAGGCCCAGCUCGCAGCGCUGACAAACACAGAGGAGUUCGACGUUCUGGUUGUCGGAGGAGGGGCCACAGGGGCAGGAUGUGCCUUAGACGCUGUCACACGCAACCUUAAGACUGCUCUCGUAGAGAGAAGCGACUUCUCUUCUGGCACGAGCAGCCGAAGCACCAAGCUCAUCCACGGUGGAGUCCGCUAUCUGCAGAAGGCCAUCAUGAAGCUGGACUACGAGCAGUACAUGAUGGUGAAAGAGGCCCUCCAUGAGCGAGCCAACCUGCUGGAGAUUGCACCUCACCUGUCUGCGCCGUUACCCAUCAUGCUUCCUGUUUACAAAUGGUGGCAGUUGCCUUACUACUGGGCAGGGAUCAAGAUGUACGACUUGGUGGCGGGGAUCCAGUGCCUGAAGAGCAGCUACGUCCUCAGCAAGACGAAGGCCUUGGAGCUCUUCCCCAUGCUGAAGAAGGACAAGUUGGUGGGGGCCAUCGUGUACUACGACGGUCAGCACAAUGAUGCCCGUAUGAACCUGGCCAUCGCCCUCAGUGCCGCCCGCUACGGCGCCGCCAUCGCAAACUACACCGAGGUGAUUCACCUGCUGAAGAAAAAGGACCCGCAGAGCGGCAGAGAGAAGGUGUGCGGUGCCCGCUGCAGGGACGUCAUCACAGGGCAGGAAUUUGACGUGAGGGCCAAGUGUGUGAUCAACGCCACCGGGCCGUUCACAGACGCUCUGAGGAAGAUGGACAACCAGGAGGCCUCGAACAUCUGCCAGCCCAGUGCUGGAGUUCACAUCGUCAUCCCCGGAUACUACAGUCCUGACAACAUGGGUCUCCUCGAUCCAGCCACCAGCGAUGGUCGUGUCAUCUUCUUCCUGCCGUGGGAGAACAUGACCAUCGCCGGAACCACCGACACCCCCACCAGCGUGACAGCCCACCCAAUCCCAGGGGAGGACGACAUCAACUUCAUCCUGACGGAGGUCCGCAAUUAUCUCAGCCCUGAUGUAGAAGUGCGUCGAGGAGACGUGUUGGCAGCGUGGAGCGGCAUACGUCCCCUAGUGACCGACCCCAGCUCCAAAGACACCCAGUCCAUCUGCAGGAACCACAUCGUCAGCAUCAGUGACAGCGGACUGGUCACAAUCGCUGGUGGGAAAUGGACCACCUACAGAUCUAUGGCUGAAGAGACCCUGGACGCAACAAUUAAAGCCCACGGCCUCUCAGCUGACUCCUGCAAGACUGUUGGUCUGAUGCUGGAGGGAGCCAAGGGGUGGACGCCGACCCUUUACAUCCGCCUGGUGCAGGACUACGGCCUGGAGAAAGAGGUCGCUCAACACCUGGCCUCCACGUAUGGGGGAAGGGCAUUCGACGUUGCCAAAAUGGCUCAGGUCACCGGGCAGAGAUGGCCAAUCGUCGGGAAAAGAUUGGUGUCUGAAUUCCCGUACAUCGAGAGCGAGGUGCUAUAUGCGAUUAAGGAGUACGCCUGCACCGCCAUCGAUGUCAUCGCCCGGCGAACUCGCCUGGGCUUCCUGAAUGUGCAGGCGGCCGACGAGGCACUCCCACGUAUCGUCCAGAUCAUGGGCAAAGAACUGGACUGGAGUCAGGAGAAGAGGACGGAGGAACUCGAGGCAGCGAGGAAGUUCCUGUACCAUGAGAUGGGCUACAGGUCUCGCUCUGAGCAAAUAACCAAGACGUCUGAGAUCAACCUGGACAACCAUGAAGUAGCCAGGUACAAGAAGCGUUUCCACAAGUUUGACAAAGAGAGCAAAGGAUUCAUCACCACUGUUGACGUCCAGCGAGUUUUACAGAGCAUCAAUGUGUACAUUGAUGAAAACGCGCUCCAUGAAAUCCUUAAUGAGGUGGACCUCAACAAGAACGGACAAGUCGAAAUUGAUGAAUUCCUACAGCUGAUGAGCGCCGUGAAGAAGGGGCACGUGUCGGACAGCCGCCUGGCCAUUCUGAUGAAAACUGCAGAGGAGACUCUGGAUCAGAGGGAACCGGUGUCGGUGGACCGAAGUGGGGGCGGAGUCUGAGUCGGAUGAUGACACAAAAAAAAGAUGCAAAUGGAGCUAUUUGAAUGACAAUAUUGCAAUCAAGCAUGCAGCCGGAUGAAUUUGGCCAAAUCAAGCACUCCUGUGUGUUUUGGGUGAAACAGUAUCUAAUGAUUGAGGCUGAGAUGUGUCUGUUUAUUUCAUCUGUUAUGUCCAAAGUCUUAACAUCUGGUGCCUCAGACCACACACACAAUGUUUUAUACUGUCUUUUUACGCAGCACUUUUAAUACUUUGACUUUAUCUUUGUCCAGCACUCCUUGAUUGACACUGAUUAUUGUGUAAAAACCAUCUUCAGGUGGGUUUGCUUUACGCAACACAAUUUACAGGUAAAUGUGAAGUUUCCUAGAAAAAGAAGGGGAAAAAAAGCAAUUUGGUUCCAAGUAUUGAAAACAGAGCGCUUCAUUUACGUUUCUCAGAAAUAAUCAUGCUCUUCAAGUUUUAUUAAUAAGUGAAAAAAGAUUUUAGCAGCUGCUUGAGGAAGAUGCUUUUGCCUUUUACCUUCUAGCUGUUGUUUAGUCAUCGUACAUUAGCUGUAUCAGUCAACUCAUAAAUGACUAAAUGGUCCACAGCAUGCGGGCAGCAGAAUAAAAAGAAAAGAACUCGAACGUGCCACUUCAGCCAGAAGAGACGAAUAUGCGAGACUGAAGAUGAAGAAAGCGGGUAUUUGGUAAUUGUAGUGGCAAUUUAUCAAUUUUGCUACCGAGGCGCUGCCAGAGACGUUUAAUUGGUGAGGUCUUGAUUGUCAGUUUCUAAAGUUAUAGUUCAGCUGAGGCAAAAUGUCCACAUGAAUCAAAUACAAUCAAACAAAAUCCAUUUGUGUAUCCAAUAUAUAUCCAUGAAAUGUAGAGGGGGAAGAAUCGAUACAUUGUAGUAUCACGGCAUUUUGUGUGCUGAUAUUGUAUCGAUACAGGGAGACCAAAUAUCUGUACUUUAUUAGAUAAAUUAAAAUACAACCGAUAUGUGAUUUUCAUUUAUUUUAACAGUUAAUAGUUGUAUUAUGAGAAAAACAGACUGAUAGCAAAUUGACUCCUUCUUAUGGAAAUAUUUAUUGCAGAUUUUAGUGACAAGUUUAUCUUAUUGUUCAAAGCUUACUGAUAUUGACAGAUAUUGAGGACAUAAUUAGUGAUAGUUUGUCACUGCUGUAGUUAAUUUAGUUUUAUUUACAUAGCGCAAAAUCACAAGAACGGUAUUUUAUACUGUAAACACUAUAAUCCAUCUAAUAAUCCAGUCACCAAUCAAACGACCCCCUAUGAGCAAGCACUUGGUGACAGUGGAAAGGAAAAACUUUCUAACAUGAAAAAAACCUUGGCUAGCUUGGCUUAGCUUAGCAUCAACUCUUGAAAAGGUGGAAAAGGCUAGUUUCUGUACUUCCAAAGCUCCUUGUUUAUUCUGGAGAUUUUUAUUUUGCAAAACUCCAAGUUAAAGAUGUAGACUUGACUUUUUUCACGUGGAUGAACUGUUUUAGGCAGGAGAAUUUUUUUUAUUUUAUGAAGUGUCACCAUCAAAUAAGGACAAAAGUCAGCUCCAGCUAAAACUGGGCCUUUUAGCAUAAGAGCCUUUAACAUAAUGUAGUGUUUAAAUGGAGCCACUCUUU